GUGAGAGGCAGGCAGAGAGACAGAUUGAGACAUACAAAGAGACAUAGUGAGACAGAGAGAAAGAGAGAGAGAGACAGAGAGAGUGAGAGACUUAAAGAGAGAGAGUGAGCAGGUCCAGCUUUCCACUAUCUUUGAUCAUCUGGCAGGGCCAGGGAUUUGCCCUUUGGUAUUGUAACCAACUCAUUCAUGGGCACGUUUCCAAGUGGGCUUUUCCUUUGCUGACACGUUCAUACUAAAAAUCCACUGGAACUGGAGCUGCUGCAGCACAUUUGCACAUGGUGAUACAGAGCCUAGGAUUGGAAGCGAAGGAAAGCACCAAGAGAAGGGGAAAAAAUAGAUUUCUUUUACACCUCAAGGAUGUCCCAUGUGAAUGAGAUGUGGUGUUAUCAUUGGAAAUGGAAGCUUCAGAACUUUCUGUACUUGUUUACUAUAUACAUUAUAUGGAUGCAGCAGUCAGUUCUUGGAUGUUACGACUGUAGGGUAGCACUGACCAAUCCCACUGGAAUGUUCAGCUCUCCAUGCUUUCCCAGUGAUUACCCCAACAGCCAAACAUGCAAAUGGACCAUCCAAGCCCCUCGGGGAUACAUCAUUCAGAUAACAUUUAUUGACUUUGACAUUGAAGAAGCUCCAAACUGCAUUUAUGAUUCAUUGACAUUAGACACUGGAGGACACGAGGUUAAAUUUUGUGGUGUCACUGCCAAAGGAUUGUCCUUUAACUCCACUGGAAAUGAAAUGAUUGUGUCUUUUACAAGUGACUUUAGUAUCCAAAAGAGAGGCUUCAACGCAAGCUAUACCCGAGUUGCUGUGUCUCUGAGAAAUCAAAAAAUCGUCAUCCCCCAGACCUCAGGUGCUGAAACCGUGUCUGUGGCAAAAACUGUCUCAAUACCAGAUCUUAGACAAUUCACACUCUGCUUUGAAGCAACCAAAGCCAUCAAUGAUGACAAUGAUGACUGGAAAGCUUUCUCCUACAGUGAUUCUUUGUCAAAAGAGUGCCUCAGUUUUGGGAAGACAACAAAAGGCCAUUUACUACUUAUCUCAGGCAUAGAAUGCAUGUUAGAAGAUGCACUGGACAAAAAUCCAGCUGGAGACUUUUUUACAGGAACAUUUGAACAACUCUGCAUUGUAUGGGAUGGCUUUUCUGGCACUCUAGGUAUAAAUGCAAAGAACACCUAUCAUACAAUUUACUGCCCAGGUACCUUUCAAAAGAUUAUCCCUAGGAAUGGGAACCUAGUGUUGGGCUCUGACAGAGAUGAAAUAAGCUCUCUAAAUGGAGACAUUUACAAUUUCCGUCUUUGGAAUUUCACCAUGAAUUCCCAAACACUGUCCAAUCUCAGCUGUGAUGUGCCAGGGAACAUUAUAGACUGGGAAAAUGAAUUCUGGAGUAUCCCAACAUCAGCACUGAAAGCAGAAAACAAUUUAAGUUGUGGCUCGUACUUAGUUCCCACACCUACAACUGAACCAACCAGUUGUGCAAACCUGGGAAGCCUUUGCCAAGCUACUGUAAAUGCUACUACUCCUACACCACCCACUGUCACCACUAACAUGCCCGAUACUAAUAGAACCGAUAAGCCAAACAAUGGUGGGCUGUUCUACAGGAUUUCUAUUACUGUCUACAGUUCCAACAUUGACUCAAAGUCAGAAGUACAGAAUGUGGUGGCAAAAUGGCUAAAUCAAACCUUCCAGAAGUGGAAUUACACUGUGUUUGUGGUCAAUAUCAGUAUUCAGUCAAGUACUGUGACAGAAGGGAUGAAGGAGAAAAGAAGCAUUGGUGGUCAAAGCUUUGUGGUUAGGGCUCUUCUUGUUUACAACUCUACCAACAACAUCGACUUAGAAGAGGAAGCUAUCCGGGAGAAACUCAUAAGCAAUAAUAACACCAUAGGGGAUGGAUUAAGGCUUCAGACAGUAGAUGUUAAUCCAGUAGAAAAAUGUUUAGCUGAAGAAAACCCUCCAAAUUAUUUCUGGCCAGAUACCAGGCCCAUGGUGACCAACUUCACAUUAUGCCAAGGGAGCUCCACUCAGAUUGCAUCAAGAAUGUGCGAUUUAGAUCCAUACAAUUAUACAUCAUAUUGGAAUCCACCUAAUCUUAGGAACUGCACAGAAAAUGCAGCUGAUAUAGCCAAUCAGCUUCUGAAUCUCACUGGUGAAGGACAGCAGCUGACCUCAGACAAAGUAAAUGAUGUAGUUCAGAAGCUCAAAAAAAUUGUGAAUGAUGAAGACAUUGAUGCAUCUUUGGGUUCCACUGUGGUGACCAUUUUUUCCAAUAUUCUCACCAGUUCAGACAGUGUUUUGGCUGCAUCAUCUUCUGAAGCUCUAAAAACAAUUGAUGCCUUAGCCUUAAAGAUUCAGUUCACUGGACCAUCUAUGAGUAUUUCUACUCGGAAUCUAGCUCUUGGAGUUUCUUCCAUGAACUCAACUUCAUUCAGAGGUUCUUCCUUCAGUGUUGGUUCUCAGAACAAUGCUUCAGAUUUUCAGAUAGAUUUUGACAAGCAUCAGUCAAAUGCCCUGGCUUCCAUUUUUCUGCCAUCAAGUUUACUGAUGAAUUUAAGUCAAGAUGAGUUUGAAGCUGUUUCCAGGGCUCAGUUUACCUUUUUCAAUAAAAAUGGACUUUUUCAGGAUGUAGAAAGCCAUGCCAACUUAACAAGCUUUGUGGUGGCAUGCAGUAUUGGGAACAUUACCAUCCGGGACCUCCAGGAAAAAGUCACGCUUACAAUUAAACACACCAAAAUUCAGGAGAAUCCUAGUCCUAUCUGUGUCUUUUGGGAUAUGAACAAAAACAAUGGUCAAGGCGGUUGGAAUGCUACAGGCUGCAUUGCACAAGACUCAAAUGAGAAUGAGACAGUUUGCUUAUGCAAUCAUCUUACACAUUUUGGGGUACUCAUGGACCUCCAGGGAACAGCUUCAAAAAUAGAUUCACAAAAUAACAAAGUCCUCACCUUCAUCACCUACAUUGGUUGUGGAAUAUCUGCCAUAUUUUCAGCUGCAACUCUUCUGACAUACAUUGCUUUCGAGAAGCUACGAAGAGAUUAUCCCUCUAAAAUCUUAAUGAAUUUGAGCACAGCCCUGCUCUUUCUUAACCUGUCCUUCUUGCUUGAUGGUUGGAUUGCAUCAUUCAACAUAGAUGGUCUGUGCAUUGCCAUCGCUGCCCUCCUGCAUUUUUUCCUUCUGGCCACCUUUACAUGGAUGGGACUGGAAGCUGUUCACAUGUACAUUGCUCUAGUAAAAGUAUUCAACACCUACAUUCGGCGAUACAUACUGAAAUUUUGCAUCAUUGGCUGGGGUUUGCCUGCUCUAGUGGUGGCAAUUGUUUUGGCCAGCACAAAUACAAAUGCAGGUCGUAUCUAUGGGAAAGAAUUAUAUGGCAGAGAUGCUAACGGGCAAGGAGGAGAUGAUUUCUGCUGGAUCAAAGAUGGCACUGUCUUUUAUGUGACUUGUGCUGGCUACUUCGGAAUCAUGUUUCUCAUGAACAUUGCCAUGUUUAUUGUGGUGAUGGUGCAGAUCUGUGGAAGGAAUGGGAAGAGAACAAAUCGGACCUUGCGGGAAGAGAUCCUGAGGAAUCUCCGUAGUGUGAUCAGCCUGACUUUCCUGUUGGGCAUGACGUGGGGCUUUGCCUUUUUUGCUUGGGGCCCCUUAACUCUCCCUUUCAUGUACCUCUUCUCAAUUUUCAAUUCCUUGCAAGGUUUAUUUAUAUUUAUAUUCCACUGUGCUAUGAAAGAAAAUGUACAGAAACAAUGGAGGAGACAUCUCUGCUGUGGCAGAUUCCGGCUAGCAGACAACUCAGACUGGAGCAAGACAGCAACAAAUAUUAUAAAGAAAAGUUCGGACAAUUUGGGGAAAUCCUUAUCCUCUAGUUCUAUUGCCUCCAACUCAACUUACUUGACAUCCAAAUCUAAAUCCACCUCGAACACAUACUUCAAAAGAAACAGCCAUACAGAUAAUAUUUUCAUUGAGAAGCCCUCAUCAAAAUUUUCCCCAAUGGAUGGAGAACAGACAUCAAUCAUCCCUGUCCAUCAGGUUAUUGACAAGGUCAAGGGGUACUGCAAUGCUCACUCUGACAACUUCUAUAAAAACAUUAUCAUGUCAGAUACCUUCAGCCACAGCACAAAGUUCUGACUGGUUUCUGAACUUCUGAACCAAAGAAAGACGGAAAAAAGGAGACUGGAGAUUCAUAACAAUGGAGGAAUUAGAGACUGAGCAAGAAGAUGUAGUUAUUUUUCUUACUUACACUGCCAUUCUGUUAAGCAAUUCCAUACAAGAAGACUUCCCCCAUUAAGACUUAGUUGUCUUUGCUAAUAUGGUUUCAGCAUUGACCAUUUUCCAGCAUGAAAUAAAAACUGUUUUCCAGUCUGUACCAGCCAACGUGACAGCAGCUUUUACCAGGACAGCAGAUUUUAAGUGUGAUCCUAUACAAAGUAAGAAUUCUUCCCCUUCCCCCUCCACACCCUCUUCUGUGUGUGUAUAUGUAUGUAUGUAUGUAUAUACACACAUAGAUAGAUAGAUCACACUUGAAUAUAGAAGACUAAAGAAGAGUUACAAAUCCAACUCCAAGUAAUUUAGACUGAAUUGAAGCAAGACUUGAGUCCUUUGGAAGGAAGAGAAGAAGUAAUCUGGAAAACAUACAGGCUCUUCUGUGCAGCUUUCUUAAUUGAUGAUCUCUUCUCUAUGAAUAGCAUGGAUUUUUCCUCGCUGUAUUUCUUAAACUCUUGCUGCUUGGCUAUCUACUGCUGCAGUGUCUUUUCACAGGUGAAGAAAACCCUAACUCCAGUCUCAAAGAGUUACUCUUACCAAAUAAACCUCCAGGCCUAAUAAUACAAAGGAAACAUUAUUCAGAUUUGCAUAUGAAUACUAAUCUGAAAACUCUGGACCUUCUGGACCAAAUUGCAUCCUUCUGUAUAGAAAAACACCAAUCACAUUAAUGGGUAGCAGUAUUUUCUUGCUGAUAUGGGUAUGCAAGUUGGUGAUAACUCCCCACAUUUAAGUCCCCCUACAUGCAAAUGAGGUUUGAAAUGAUAAAAAAUUGUUAAAUGAGGUAUUCCCAUGCUUACACAAUGUCAAAUGCCUUGAUAUUCAUACAUGCAUCAUUCCAUGUGAAAAGGCAACAUCUCACUGGGCAUGUCUCCAUGAGAGACUGACUGUGCAGUAGCAGAAUAAUACUGUGGAGUAACGCAUCACAGCACUAAUAGUGCCAAUAUGCUACUGCGCAGUACUAUUAAGCUACUGUGAAGUAGUGUCACUGAAAAGAUGUUCACUGGCACAACUGUGCAGUAACUCCAGUUACUGCACAUUUAUUUAGCACUCACUAAUAAAAGUAACCACUGUGCAGUAGCGUCUUGUGUAGAUGUGCCCCCUUUCUACCACUGUGCUGGUGUAAUCUUACACUGAACACCCAUUUUCACCAAGUAAAAUGGGUCUAAUGCAGAUAUUUGUACAUGGUAGGUAUAACAAAAGACACAACAGCAUGUACAAAGACAAUCUAAGUGAAAUGAGUGAUGCUAUAAGGAUAUCAGUUAAAAUACGUCAAAAAAAUGUUCAACCCCACGUUAGCUUGUGUGUUUCCUAUAUUUUAGUCAUGUUGUGCAUAGAGACCUGUUGUUACAUGACAUUGCAAUGUAUAAAGCAUCUAAAGGCUACAGUAUGUUACACUACAAAAUUGAGCUCCACAAUUGCACUUGUGUAGUCUGUACUAUCACACUUCCUUCUGGCAGCAGUUGGUUAAAUGUUAUAUGGAUACAGAUCAUCUGAGAUGCAAUGAUCAAUCAACAUAACCUGAAUUCAACAUCAUUGCACUGUUUGCAAAACUGCAUUUAAUUCUGAAUGGGUACAGAAGACAAAGAUCAUAAAAGGCUCUACUUUUCUGAGCUAUAUAAACCUAUCACCUGGCUCUAUGUUACCAUUUAUGUCUAUCAAUAUACCAUAUCUGUUAUUGAAAUUGCAUAGUUAUUGCAUAGCGUCUGUGACACCUGUCACUGUACACUUCUUUUAAAAUGGCAAUAACUAAUUUGGUCAGACAUGGGCAACUGCUGCCACCUUGGUCAGAGGGGGCAUGUCAGUCAGUGAGCAGAGGGGGGUUCCCCCAUGGCCGACUGGGUGGGGGGAGGGUGCCCUAUGCGUUGCCUCUGUGGUCAGAAAAUAGAGGACAUUUCCCAUGUAUUCAAAGGAAAUAAAAAAUAUAUAUUCUUUUAACAGAAAAUGAGAAUUUUCAGUUUCAAAAAAAUUGACCACUUUUCAUUCAAUUAUAUUUACCAAAACAUUUCUACAAACCUCUGCUGUGAUAUACAUCUGGUGAUAAGCAGCUGGGCACUCAGUAACUGGGGGCUUUGAUUCGUAAUAGUGUGUGUACUUUGCAUCUGUUUCUGUUUGGAAAGAUUAUGCUGUGACUGCACGAAUAUAAUAUCGACCUGAGCCACAAAUACCUUGAUCAUUGCAGAGGAGAAGUGUGUUUUAAUUACAUUGGGUCCAGCAACACUGUUUGUAACAUCACUACAAAUAACCUGAGCAAACCUCAAUUAUAAUUCAUGUAAUGGUAUAAACUAAAUUCAGACCUAUUGAUUUCAGAUGUAGUUAUAUCAGGGAUUAAUUCUGUCAAAUACAUUUAUUAAGGAAAAGAAUUUAGGCAAAGCUUAUGUAUGAACAUUUACAGAACUUAUAUUUUAUUAUUCCACCUGCCUAACUACUGUAGAUAAUAGUGUUCAGAUAGCCGCUUACUGUGAGAUUUUUACCUGAUUAAGGUGUUCACUAGUGAAAAGAAGGAAAAGCAUAUGCUCCUGAAAAGCUGAGGAAUUAAACACAAUAGUACAGUAAAUGUUAAGAAAAGUGUAAAAGAAGUAUCCUGGCAGAAGCCUAGCUGUAACCUAACCAUCAGAUUAAUGUACAGUUGCCUAUAUUUUUGCUAAAUUAAGAUUUUUUUUCUUUUUUUUUUACUACCAUGUAGUAGUCUUAAACUGUCUUGUCAGUCUGAGGUUCUUGAAUACUCUCACUUUUGCAAUGUAAACCUUUUUCUUUGUUGUUGACAGAAUAACCUCCCUUGUACAUAUUUAUUUAUUUGUGAGGUUAAGUAUGUCAAUAUAUAUUUUAGCUCCAAAAAUGUGUACUUCUGCUUCAUCAUAAGAGGAGAGAUAAAGAAUAAUUUUGUAUAUAUUUUUUUCCAAACACCUUGUGAAACAAUUUACUCCAAUUGUAUCUUUUACUAAUAUGAGGGGAAAUGACAGUAUACUUUGAAAUACUAGUCAGUGGAAGUUAAUGUAACAGUUUGCCUGAAGUGGAAAGAAAUAUUUUUUGAAUAAACCUUCACUUUGUUAGAGUUCCAAAUAAUUAAAAUCUUGUAAUAGUGGUUUUUCUUUGUUAAAGUUCAAUUGGAAAACUUAUUUGGUGGAAUGCUGGAAAAUAAUCUUGUGUUUAUUAAGUAUGUGAAACAGGAAUAUGCCUAGCCAAAACUCGGGGAAUAAACGUGCAAGACUCUAUCCAGACCAUGAGGAGAAUG